CUGCGCAUGCGCGUUUUGCACAUGGAGUAAAUUGCUGAUAGUAUUUUACAAAAACAUAAGCCGUUCCGAUUUUGUUUUCUAAUAAGAGGUCUUUUGUGCGCGUUGAUCUACGGUUCAUUUGAAUUUCUGUUCUUCACUACUAGUAGGAGAGUUCAGAGGAGUGAUGGAGGCUCCUCCGGUCACUGUGAUGCCCGUCACGGGUGGAGCCAUUAAUAUGAUGGAGUAUCUCCUGCAAGGCAGUGUCCUGGAUCAGGCUCUGGAGAGCCUCCUACAUCGACUCAGAGGUCUGUGUGAUAACAUGGAGCCUGAGAGCUUUGCUGAUCAUGAGCUGGUGUUUCUGCUGAAGGGUCAGCAGGGCAACCCGUUCAUGCUGCGUGCGCGCCGCUCGCUUCUUCACCCCACUGCCCCUUGGCAUCUGCGCUAUCUAGGUCAGCCUGAGGUGGGCGACAAAAGCCGGCAUGCCCUGGUGCGAAACUGUGUGGAUGUGGCUGCCUCGCACAGCUUACCGGAGUUUCUCAACGAGAUGGGUUUCCGCAUGGACCAUGAGUUCGUGGCCAAGGGUCAGGUGUUCCGGAAGGGUGCGAUGAAGGUGGUAGUGAGCAAACUGUUACGUGUCCUUGCGUCAGGAAACACGGAGAACACAGAGCCGCUGUCUCUGUCGUAUCUUGUGGAGCUGAGCGUACUGGCUCCUGCGGGACAGGACACUGUGUCUGAGGACAUGAGAAGCUUCGCAGAACAGCUGAAACCUCUGCUGCACCUGGAGAAAAUUGACCCUAAAAGACUCAUGUAGUGUGACUUGAUUUCAUUGGUGGCUUUUGCUUGUAUUAUUUUGAUAAUGGGUAUGUUAUGCUAUUGAUUGAUAAACAUUCAAAAACAUUUAUUUUUAGUAACGAAAUAAAAUUCCGUAAUAAGGAAAAAAGUGACAAAUAAACCUCUCAUUUGAUAUUUUUCAGGGGAGAAAUGUAGUGUAUUAAAAACUAAGUAAAUAGUAUGGUUUGAAAAAAACACUACAUUGUUGUAGUUUUUUGUAAAAACAGUUUUGUUUGGUUCAAAUCAAUGACAUGUAUUAAAACAGUAGAGCUACAGCGCCCCCUGAAUGAUGUCAGUUAAACUUGCGCUGGUGUUCAGAAAAGUUGUGUUAAGUCUGUUAAUAAAUUUCCCAUUCUUGUCAUGAA